CGGCAUUUUCCACAGCUUGGGUUGGGUGUCUUUUCAUCAGUGUUUUCCUCUGCAGACAUGGCCUCAGCUCCUGCACAACAGCCCACCCUGACAGCUGAACAAACCCGAGUGGUACUGAGUGAGGUGAUUCAGGCCUUCUCAGUGCCGGAGAACGCUGCGCGGAUGGAGGAGGCCCGAGAGAGCGCCUGUAAUGACAUGGGGAAGAUGUUGCAACUUGUGCUCCCCGUAGCCACCCAGAUACAGCAGGAGGUGAUCAAAUCCUACGGCUUCAACAACGAGGGAGAAGGCGUCCUUAAAUUUGCCAGACUGGUGAAAAUGUAUGAAACCCAGGACCCUGAAAUCGCCACCAUGUCUGCAAAGCUGAAGUCUCUCCUGCUGCCGCCCUUGUCGACACCACCUAUAGGUGGAGCCAUUCCAGCUUCAUAGGAUUUAUUCAAGGCUCAACUGCAAGGAUGCUUCUGUAAAAUGCUGUCAGUCCACCCCACCU